AUGGGGGGAGCGGACACUCAUGACCAGUUGCGUCUGCAACGAUAUUCUAUACAGGGAGCGAUGAAAAUGAAAAAAUACUAUCAUACGAUCAUCCUGGGUCUUGUCGAUAUGUCGCUCGUGAAUGCCUACAUAAUCUACCGCCAUGAACAAAGUAGAUUGAACGCUGGAAAGGCUCCUCCGACACAUGCUGAGUUCAUGGGAUUGAUGCAAGCAGCUUUGCUAAGCAUGGGACCAGCUGUUUUUUGA